AGGCGGCAGCAGUAACAGGUCAUAUCUCCACAUCUUCCGUCUAUCCAACAUUAUGAGGUUCUUGGUAAUGGCGACGCUGGUGGUGACAGCUGUAGUUGAUGCCUCAAACUACGGCUAUAAUGGCUACCGCGUCCAAGGUCAAGCUCAGCCGUGUGGCACUCAGGUGAAAUACGUCAUCCAGACCGUCACUGAAUUACAGACUGAAACGGUGACAGAAACAGCGACCGGGACAGAAACAGCCACAGAGACGGUAGAAGUGACAGCAACGGAGACAGAAACAGCCACAGAGACGGUAGAAGUGACAGCAACGGAGACAGUUACAUCCGAACCGGUGACCAAGACAGUGAACCAACUCUUCACCACCACCGCCGUCCAGAAGCAAUUCGUGACUGUGGCCAAGGGGUGUGGUGGUGGUGCUGCUGGUGGCCAUGGUGGGGGUUCAGGAGGCUACGGGAGCGCUAUCAAGUUCGGUGGCUACUCAGGCUGAUGACGUCAUCCUUCACCAAAUUAAUGACGUCAUUUCUCAUCGUCUAUUUCUCUAUGUAAAUCCAUUCAGAUGUUUUUCAUUGGCUAAAGACUAAUGCAUUUUGAGACACUUCACAUCACACAGAGUAACGUUCUUCUAGGUAACAGUGAUAAGUAGCACCAAUAUGUAUCCAAAUGUUAAUGUUACUGGUGUGUUUACGUUUGGUGUCUAUCACGUGAUCUGACGUCAUUAGUAUACUUCCAUUGGUUGUCCAAUCGAGUCGGUCAGUAGGCGUCAUUGACAUACAUCAGUGACGUCAUAUAUUGGUUCACUAAUGACAUCACAUCCCGGAGCAUGUCAGAGAAAUGAUACAGCAUAAUUGGUUGACUAAUAAACCAAUCACCAGAUGAUCAUUACACCCAUGACAUCAGACAUACACACUCAUUGGUUAUCUAUUGAUCCAAUCAGGAGGCGUCUGUCAUGCCCCACAUAAUUUUGUCCACAUAUUUUGCACCUGACCAUAUAUACAUACGUGUGUGUAUAUACGUAUGUAUGUGUUUCAUUUAUUACAACAUUAUUUAUAUAAUCAUCAAAGGUGUUUUGUUUCACUUAAAUACAAAACAUGUGCUGGUAUUGUAUCCUACAAGUUAUUUAUACAUUAGUAAAUAAAUAAAUUACAGUUAA